AUGGAGCCCUUCUGUCCGCUCCUGCUGGCCGGUGUUAGCCUGCCCCUCGCCAAGGCUUUCAAGGGCAACGAGACCACCACCGCGCAGAGCAACUGGACCUCCACGACCGCAGGCCCUCCGGCCCCCGGCCCUCCGGGCCCCGGCGCGCCCCAGCCCCUGCUGGCCUGGCUGCUGCUACCCUUGCUGCUGUGCCUGCUCCUCGCGGCCUACUUCUUCAGGUUCAGGAAGCAGAGGAAGGCGGUGGUCAGCUCCAACGACAAGAAGAUGCCUAACGGAAUCCUAGAAGAGCAAGAGCAGCAAAGGGUGAUGCUUCUCAGCAGGUCCCCCUCGGGACCCAAGAAGUACUUCCCCAUCCCCGUGGAGCACCUGGAGGAGGAGAUCCGGGUCCGGUCGGCGGAUGAUUGCAAGAGGUUUCGGGAGGAGUUCAAUUCACUGCCGUCUGGACACGUACAAGGAACUUUUGAACUGGCCAAUAAAGAAGAAAACAGAGAAAAAAACAGAUAUCCCAACAUCCUUCCCAAUGACCAUUCCAGGGUAAUUUUAAGCCAGGGGGAUGGAACCCCAUGUUCAGACUACAUCAAUGCUUCAUACAUAGAUGGUUAUAAAGAGAAGAAUAAAUUCAUAGCAGCUCAAGGCCCUAAACAGGAGACAGUGAACGACUUCUGGAAAAUGAUCUGGGAACAGAAGUCUGCAACCAUCGUCAUGUUGACCAACCUGAAAGAAAGAAAGGAGGAGAAGUGCCAUCAGUACUGGCCGGACCAGGGCUGCUGGACCUACGGAAGCGUCCGGGUGUGUGUGGAGGACUGCGUGGUCCUGGUGGACUACACCAUCCGGAAGUUCUGCAUUCAGUCCCAGCUCCCCGACGGCUGCAAAGCCCCCCGGCUCGUCUGCCAGCUGCACUUCACCAGCUGGCCCGACUUCGGAGUGCCUUUCACCCCUAUCGGGAUGCUCAAGUUCCUGAAAAAAGUGAGGACACUCAACCCCACGCACGCCGGGCCCAUAGUGGUCCACUGCAGCGCGGGCGUGGGCCGGACAGGCACCUUCAUAGUGAUCGAUGCCAUGAUGGACAUGAUGCACAACGAGCAGAAGGUGGACAUCUUUGAUUUCGUGUCCAGAAUCCGCAAUCAGAGGCCUCAGAUGGUUCAGACAGACAUGCAGUACACGUUCAUCUACCAAGCCUUACUGGAGUACUACCUCUACGGGGACACCGAGCUGGACGUGUCCUCCCUGGAGAAGCACCUGCAGACGCUGCACGGCACCACCACCCACUUCGACCAGGCCGGGCUGGAGGAGGAGUUCCGGAAAUUGACAAAUGUCCGGAUCAUGAAGGAGAACAUGAGGACAGGCAACCUACCGGCCAACAUGAAGAAGGCCAGGGUCAUCCAGAUCAUCCCAUAUGACUUCAACCGCGUCAUCCUCUCCAUGAAAAGGGGCCAGGAGUACACGGAUUACAUCAACGCGUCCUUCAUAGACGGCUACCGGCAGAAGGACUACUUCAUCGCCACCCAGGGGCCCCUGGCGCACACGGUGGAGGACUUCUGGAGGAUGGUCUGGGAGUGGAAGUGCCACACGAUCGUGAUGCUGACCGAGGUCCAGGAGAGAGAGCAGGAUAAAUGCUGCCAGUAUUGGCCGACAGAGGGCUCAGUGACUCAUGGAGAAAUAACGAUCGAGAUAAAGAGCGAUACCCUUUCUGAAGCCAUUAGUAUACGAGACUUCCUGGUCACUUUCAAUCAGCCCCCAGCCCGCCAGGAGGAGCAGACCCGGGUCGUGCGACAGUUCCACUUCCACGGCUGGCCGGAGAUCGGGAUCCCCGCCGAGGGCAAAGGCAUGAUCGACCUCAUUGCGGCCGUGCAGAAGCAGCAGCAGCAGACGGGCGAUCACCCCAUCACUGUGCACUGCAGUGCUGGAGCUGGGCGCACAGGGACUUUCAUAGCACUGAGCAACAUUCUGGAACGGGUCAAAGCUGAGGGGCUUUUAGACGUAUUCCAAGCUGUGAAGAGUUUACGACUUCAGAGGCCACAUAUGGUGCAAACCCUGGAACAGUAUGAAUUCUGCUACAAAGUGGUACAAGAUUUUAUUGAUAUAUUUUCUGAUUAUGCUAAUUUCAAAUGA